CUGCCAGUGGGUCUGUGCUCACCUCCAGCCCAUCCUGGGUGCCAGCCCCGUGGGGCACCCCCUCUGGCAGUCAGGGUGGCCCCCGAGUAAUUCACCCACUCUGCUUUCUAGGGUGUAGGACAUGGGGGUCUUCCUCUGUCCCCGCUGCCGCUUGGCGUUCAGAUCCCGACCGCUGCUGCAGGUGCACCUGGAGAAGCUGUGCCUCGGGCCCGCGGCACCCAGCAGCUCCUGCCUCCGUGGGGAGAACCCUCUGCCUGUGGAGGGAGCACAGGGCACGGCAAGGAACCCACAGGACAUCUCGGUCGGGAUGUCCACAAAUACGGACAAUGCUGAGCCACGCCAUCACUUUGUGCUCCGUGGGGUCCCACCAGCAGUGCGGGGACAGCGGGGACCAGGGCGGGCGCGUGGAGCUCCCCUGGGGGAUGUGCUCACCCCCCGUGAGAGGGCCCUGCUCCGCACGGCCGACCCCCCCUCUGGGAGGCUGCAGGUGGAGGGAGAGCCCCCCGGGCAGCCGCUCCCCCUGCAGGGGCACCGGCAGCCGCCGCAGGAGCUGCUGGAAGCCCACGAACGCCAGGUGGCCGAGAUCCGGGCCAGGACCCAGCAGCUGGAGCGGCAGAGAGAGGCGCUGUGCCGGCGGCUGGCGACACUGCGGGCCGGGGCACCUCCGGGCCCCCAGCCCGAGCGGGGGCAGCCAGGGCCGAGCCAAGGCCCGCGGGACCAGGCCGGACAGGUCCGAACGGCAGAGCACAGGGCCGCCCUCCGCCUCGACACCCUCCUGCCGCCCGCGGGGCCCCUCACGGCCGAGGCCAGGGCACUGCGGCUGUCCUACCUGCGCGCCGGGGGACACGACCCCGCCAUCCUGGAGCAGCUUCUCCACCUCCAGCUGGAGGCCACGGCGCUGGAGAGAGGAACCGCGGGGCCGCGCGGGGGCGGGCGGAUGGAGCCCGCCGGCACUGGCACACGCGGUCUGGAUGAGGCACUGCUGGCCGUGGAGAUGGAGAACCGGCGUCUGGAAGACGAGCUGUUGGCGCUGAAGGUCAGAAGGGAGAGGAGAGCAGACGCUGGUAGGCGAUGGGUCCCUCAUCUGCGCCCCACAGCCCUCGGCUGCCUCUGUGGUUGCAGCAUCAGAGCCCUGGGCUGGACACAGCUCCUGGAAAUAUUGUGUGGCUUCUGCAGGUGGAGGGGGGCUGCAGUGACCAAACCCUGCUGCCCAGGCUCGCGGGCAGCCCAGCGGCACACGGAGGAACUGGCCCGGCUGCAGGCAGAGGUGGGAAUGCUGCGAUGCCACGCAGAGCAGACGAGGCCAUGGCUGCGGCCCCCGGUCUUCCCACGCCCCAUAGCCCCCCCACUGCCACCAGCCCUGGCUGUGCCAGAACUUCUCAUGGUAAGAGCCUCAGCCCAGGGCGAUUCCCAGCUCUCCAAGGAGGGGAGAGGGGAGUUGGGAUUGGGCUGCCAGCUAGGAUGGGAUGAUGGAACAGCUCCCUUUGCUGUACUUGGGGAUAGAGCCACUGGGGCAGGAGAUGAGCCCCCAGCAGUGCUGGACCAGGGGUGUGAUUUGCUCUGCACACCCAGUGGCACCCUGCCAGGAUCCUACUCCCCUUGACAUCACUUUUUUCCUUUCCCAGGAGCCCCCCAGACCAGCACUGGGGCCUGGCAGGCGCACAGCCCCUGUGCCCCCUGGACUCCCCCUCACCCCCUUUGUGGCCCUGGAGGACCCUCCUCCUGUCCAGGAGCCCCCAGCACAGGCCAGGGCUCCC